GCUCGGACCGAUGUGGCAAUGAUCGGCGUCGAUCACUCCAAAAUUUACAGGGGCAGGGAGCGCUUUGUCGCUCUUUGCUGCUGUCAUUACACACCUCUGACUCGUUUCCCCCGGACACAGGACCACACAGCCUUUCUCUGCGAUUCGCGAUAUCCUCAGUGCACAAGUACACAACACUAUCACUGCAAUGGCGGGCAACGCAGAAGGCAAAGGCAUCCUCGUCAAAGCGGACAGCAUCGCGCAGGCGUUCCGCGCCGAGGUGCAGACCGCGCUCGCUGGGGGGCGGCGCCCGCUCACGCUCGUGGGUGUGCUGGGGACUGCGUCUGCGCCGAGCGCGUUUUAUGCCGAGUUCACGCGGCGCCAGUGCGAGGAGUUUGGGAUCCGGUUUGAGCUGAGGAGGGUGGGGGCUGCGCUUGAUUCGGAGGAGGGCAGGGGCGAGGGAGAAGGCGCCAAGGCGAGUGCGAUUGGGGAGGGUGUGGAGGAGGCGAUUGUUGAGGCGAAUGAGGAUGAGGGUGUGGAUGGGAUUAUGGUGUAUUACCCGAUCUUUGGUGGACAGCAGGACCACUACUUGCAGCAGAUCGUCUCCCCGCAGAAGGACGUCGAGGGCCUCAACUUCAAGUUCCACUACAACCUCUACCACAACAUCCGCUUCAUCGACCCCAGCACCCUCGCGCCCCCGCCGAACGUCGUCCAGCCAAAGGACGACGUGCCGCCCGCAGGGACGGUCAAGUCCAUACUCCCAUGCACACCGCUCGCGGUCGUCAAGUGUCUCGAGAGCAUCGGGGUGUAUAAUAAGCUACUGACGUACGGCGAUCGCGCGUACGGGAAGACAAUCACUGUUAUUAACCGCUCAGAGGUCGUCGGCCGCCCGCUCGCGGCGCUCCUCGCGAACGACGGCGCGCGCGUGUUCUCCGUCGACAUCGACUCCAUCCAGGAGUACACCAAGCGGCCCUCGGCCGAUGGAGCUGCCGGUGAGGCAGGGGCAGGGGCAGCCAAGAGGCAGUACCACCCGCGGCACACCGUGCACGCGUGCGCGAUGUCGCUCGAGGAGUGUCUCCGCAUCUCGGACGUGGUCGUUUCGGCGGUGCCGAGCGCUGCGUAUAAGGUCCGCACCGACGCGCUCAAGGACGGCUGUAUCUGCGUGAACGUGGCUGCUGAGAAGAACUUCGAGGUCAACAUCCGGGACAAGGCGUCGAUGUACCUCCCCGCGGUCGGAAAGAUCACGAUCUUGAUGCUGCUCAGGAAUCUGAUCCGGCUCUCCCGGUACAACUCCUCGUCGUAAGCCCAGCUCCCGUAUAUCCGAACAAUGUAGGAAGGGGCCACCGCGAUAUCAAAAAUAGAUGGAGCUUGCCAUACAUACAUGGACUGACUCCCAGGAGCUGGAGUACUACAUACCGAUCCCACAUAACUGGCUGAUCUCGGGCUUCAACAGGCUUCGGGUGUAUAAAAUAGACACGCCUUGUGCGGUGUACGCACAGGGUGCCGAUGUAAUCGUACUUUCUUACUCGACGCGUCCGGGCGCUCCGGAGCCGCUGUCUCACGUUUCACCGCUAUCUCUUGGGAGUUCGCGAUGAAACACUCGCCAGCGCACUGCGUUUCGUUUUCGCAUUUGCGUUGCGUUGUGUCGUUUGCGGCUUUGCGAAUCGUCUGGACUGCUGCCAAUGUUAAAUCUACCAUCUGAAAUUCAUGCGAGCUAUACAAGGG